AUGUCCAUGUACCCGCACCGCGGCAUGGGGGGCGUCCCCCCAGGCAAUUCGGCUCGCCUCAACGAGCUGCUCGAGCAGAUCAGGGCCGAAUUCGAGACGCAGAUGCGCCAAACCGAGGGCUUCGAGCAUCAGAUCUCGGCGCAAGUCAGUGAGAUGCAGCUCGUCCGGGAAAAGGUCUACGCCAUGGAGCAGACUCACAUGACUCUCAAGCAAAAGUACGAGGAGGAGAUCAGCAUGCUCCGACAUCAGCUCGAGGCUGCCCGGAAAGGUGCCCCUCAGCCUGGCAUCCCCGGCCCGCCUCAGCACGCCGGCCCCUCGCAGCAGCCUCCUUCCAUCGCGCCCGGCAACGGCCUCUUUAGCGGUAUCAUGGCUGGCGGUAGUCAGGGAGGUCUCGCCCCGCCCCAACAGCAACAGCAGGGCCAGCAGCAAGGUCAACAGCCUCCCGCGCAACAACAGCAGCAGCCUCCUCCCCAGCAGCACCCUCCUCCUCAGGAGCAGCUGGGACCUCAGCACCAGAUGGCUCAGGGCCCUCCCGGCCUCCCCGUCCCUCCUCACCCCAGCAGCCAGCAGCAGCCGCCCUACUCCCAGGGCUAUCCUCAAGGCCCCGUCGCCAAUGGCAUGGGUCCCCAGCCUCCACAGAGCACUGCUUCUCCCGGCCCGGGCAGGCGAGGCAUCGGCCGGCCCCCCAACGCCGUCGGCCCCGCGACUCCCCAAAUCAACACUCCGGUGCCCUAUCCCGGCAACGCCCAGUCGCCGCAGGUCAGCCAUCCCACUCCCGACCACGCUCGCAUGGGUGGUCCUCGCGCUCCUCCCGUUGGUAACGCCCUCGGCGAUCUCGAGGUCGAUGCUGUAGCUCCCCACAACAAGAAGACUGGCAACGACUGGUAUGCCAUCUUCAACCCCCAGGUGCAGCGCGUUCUGGAUGUCGACCUGGUCCAUUCCCUGAGCCACGAAAGCGUUGUGUGCUGCGUGAGGUUCAGUCACGAUGGUAAGUACGUCGCCACUGGCUGCAACCGAUCCGCCCAGAUCUUCGACGUUCAGACUGGUGAGAAGGUCUGUGUUCUCGAGGACCACAACGCUGCCGACAUGAGCGCAGAUCUGUACAUCCGCAGCGUCUGCUUCAGCCCCGACGGCCGCUACCUGGCCACCGGUGCCGAGGAUAAACUGAUCAGAGUCUGGGAUAUCCAAAGCCGAACGAUUCGCAACCACUUCUCUGGCCACGAGCAGGAUAUUUACUCUCUGGACUUUGCGCGUGACGGACGAACGAUCGCGUCCGGCAGUGGCGACAGGACUGUCCGCCUGUGGGAUAUCGAACAGGGUACCAACACCCUCACUCUCACGAUCGAGGACGGUGUCACGACUGUGGCCAUCUCGCCCGACACCCAGUACGUUGCGGCAGGUUCCCUGGACAAGAGCGUCCGCGUGUGGGACAUUCACUCCGGCUUCUUGGUGGAGCGUCUCGAGGGCCCCGACGGCCACAAGGACUCCGUUUACUCUGUUGCCUUCUCGCCCAACGGCAAGGAUCUCGUCAGUGGCAGCUUGGACCGAACGAUCAAGAUGUGGGAGCUCAGCACCCCUCGCAACGGCCCCAACCCCGGUCCCAAGGGCGGCAAGUGCGUCAAGACAUUCGAGGGCCACCGCGACUUCGUGCUCUCGGUUGCACUCACUCCCGAUGCCAACUGGGUACUGUCCGGAUCCAAGGAUCGUGGUGUCCAGUUCUGGGACCCUCGCACCGGCACCACCCAACUCAUGCUCCAGGGUCACAAGAACUCGGUCAUCUCGGUGGCUCCCAGCCCCCAAGGCGGUUACUUCGCUACUGGUUCGGGCGAUAUGAAGGCCCGCAUCUGGUCCUACCGCCCCUACUAG